UCCUCUUCUCGCUGUAGACGCGGAGGGAUCGAGAACUCGAGCGGUGAAAGCGAAGGUCUCGGUGAUCGAUGGCGUCGUCGUGGAUGCAGUGGCUGAUCAAUCCCCGCCGCAACUGGUUCGCCGCCCAGCACUACAAGGCCCUCUGCAAUCGCCUCAAGAAAUACGGGCUGCGGUACGAAGAUCUGUACGAUCCGUUGUACGAUUUGGACAUCAAGGUGGCCCUGGCGCGGCUGCCGCGCGAGGUGGUGGACGCCAGGAACCAGCGUCUUAAGCGCGCCAUUGAUCUCUCCACGAAGCACGAGUACCUUCCCGAGGACUUGCAGGCAUUGCAAACACCUUUUAGAAGCUAUCUUAAAGAUAUGCUGGCUCUUGUGAAAAAAGAGAAUGCAGAGCGUGAGGCAUUAGGUGCCCUCCCUCUCUAUCAGCGCAGUUUUCCAUAAAAUACCCAACAAGGUUAUACCCUUCCCUGGCCACGAAACUAUAAUGAAAUAAGCCUGACAAGUGACAUUGGAGGCUGUUAGUGGUUUAUGCAACCUUUUUCCAUGAAAUUUGUUGGGUUGACUUUCCAUGUUCACAUUCUUAAAUCAUUUUAUGGCUGUGAUAGUCAUGGUAGCACUUAUAAAUUCAAACCCUUGUGGUAAAUUUGUUUUUAAUCACAUUGUUGUGAGUUUGUUUUGACA